AUGACGUACCCUGACGACAUAUCCUGGGCGGCGGGAACACGCAGCAUCACCACCUUCCCGGCCAUCACGGACCACGGCAAGUUUGUUGAGCUGCUGAAGACGCUGGAGCUGUGGGGUGAAGGCAUGCACGGCGCACUCGCGCCGGCGCUGAGCACGGCCAUGACACGGUUUCCGCAGCACGAGGACACGUUCCAGAUUGUGAUCAUCAUCACGGGGCUGGAGCCGUCCGAUGUCACCAGCAAGGAGAGCGCAGCUAUGCCAAGCAUCAGCAACAAGUCGUGGCAGGACCUGCUGCGAGCCCUGCGCAAGCGCCGUGCGGACAUAUCCGUGCUGUCACCCCUUCGCUCGCCCGCCCUCAUGUCUGUGUUGGAGGAAAACACACGGCCAGCUGAUGACUUGUUCACCUCCCUCGCCAAGCCACUUCUGCCCGCCGUGUGCUCAGACCUCGUCUACGUGCCCACCUUCAAGCUCAGAACACGCCACACCCAGGCCAUCAACAUCAGCAUGAAGCGGCACAGCGGGCAGCCUCCGAUUGUCAUCCGCGCCACCGCCGUCAUCCCCGGCGACCAUGUCCUCCCCACCAACAUGUACGUAUUCCAUGAAGACACGCGGCCAAUGGAUCAGCGUGUCGCUCCGUGGCAGAGCAUGCCCCAGGGCACCGUCUUCCAAGUCAACGCCCACAUCAAAGGCGGCCAGGCACCCGAGCUGCUGAAGCAGUGGAACGCACUGCAGUUCCCCUGCAUCUACGCCAAGCCAUACUUCCUCGAAGUUUUCCGGAGCAAUCCAGCACAGGGGCAGGUGAUGUUCAUUGCUUAUUCAAUGGAGCAUAACCGCUUCCUUCUCACCACAUUGCAAGAGCAAAAGAAGGUGUGA